AUGCUGGCUUGUCUCAAUCAAGCAACAAAUGCUCUCUUGCUGAAGUAUUUGUUCAAGUUCAAUGUCCGACGCCAACGCAGCUCUGCCUUGUUUUGGGGCGUUAUUCGAGGCGACUCGAAGUUUGUGGAGAUGAUGUUGCGCAACUAUCGAGCGGAUGCCAACACCACAGACGAUAAAUAUCGCACCCCAAUCUUUUAUGCAAUUCUCACUAAGAACGAGACGAUGAUUCGCACGCUUCUGUUUGAACAGAGAGCGAAUAUCAAUUGGCAAGACCACCGCAGGCAGACACCACUGGUAUACGCCAUUGCAAGGAAUCGACUGUCUACUGCAUCACUUUUACUAGAUUUUGAUCUAAGUCUGAAUAUAAGGGAUGUCAAGAAACGGUCUGCUAUUUGGUACGCCAUCGCUCGCUACGAUGAGAGCCUGGUGCAAGUCCUUCUGGAAAGGGGUAGUGAUAUACGAACGCCAAAUUACAAACAAUUUUCACCAUUCAGGCUUGCUGUUGCCAAGAAAGCUCCGAGAAUUACUCGACUGUUACUUCUCCAUUCGGAUUCAAAUUUACGAAUGACCCUGCUGGAGAAUGUCACUAUCAGAAACCGUCUGCUCUGCCAGGCGACCUCUAUCAAUGCAACGGACAGACACUCCUGCACCGCUCUCCACAUCGCAGCAGAGUAUGGAUGCACGUCGGUAGCCAAGUGCCUGCUGGACAAAUGCGGCUUAGAUUCCAACGCAAGAGACACAUACGGUCGGAGUGCCCUCCACAUCGCAGCAGAAUAUGGCAAGAAAUCGAUCAUAAGGCUUUUUUUAGCCUAUGAUGCUGUGGACAUCAAUGCCCUAGAUUUGAAUGGAGCCACAGCACUCUGCUUGGCUGCCGACGCAAAACACACGGCUAUAGCUCUACAGGUUCUAGCAGAAGAUCAUGUGGACGUCAACCUGGCCGGUCAAACUAGCAGGACAGCUCUUCAUCAUGCAGCGAAAACGGGCAACAUACCGGUCGCAUGUGUCCUUCUCGGCACUGAAAAUCUCGAUCCCAACGUUCGUGAUGACCAUGGAUGGGCUCCUCUUACCUACGCUGCUUCCAACGGUGAUGUACGCAUGGUGGAACUCUUACUCGUAAGAGAAGAUAUACAAGUGAAUGUGCAACAGGCCCCUCCACUGUUUCAUGCUGCCAAAAAAGGUCAUCUGGAAGUUGUACGCCGAUUGCUUUCCUGUGAUACCAUCGACAUCAAUCAGCAGUUUUGGAACAGCUCGCCUCUCUGUGUUGCCUCUGAGAUGGGCCACCCGGAAAUUACAAUGCUACUCCUUGAACACACAACACCACCCGACAUCAAUCUGAAAACUUAUAUGGGAGACACGGCACUUUCCUUGGCCGCUUACCAUGGCCAUUUGGCUAUCAUCAAUCUCUUGCUGGAAGAAAGUGGACUGAAUGUUACCGCUACCGAUAAAUUUGGGGACACAGCGUUAUGCAAAGCAGCUCGGAAUGGACACGAACAGGUAGUCAAGCGUCUCUACGGAGACACUCGUGCAAAAUGUGCUAGUGAUGUGAGAAGGGCGAUUGAAGCAGCUUCCAACUGUAGAAUUGCGCUCUACCUUGAAGGUCACUUGAAUGAGCAAGGCAACUUUUGCACUUGGCCUUGA